AUGUUUCGCACGAGCCUUUCAAGAACCGCUACCCGUGCAGUACGCACAUUGUCUACCUCCGCCACCAAAUCAUCCUCCAUCCCUCUCCGCAUCUGCGGGCGUGGGACAGGCACCCAGCAGACCAUCACCAUCAAAGACAAGCCAUACAGCAUUCAAACCGAUACAUACCCCGUUCUCGGUGGCGCCGACUCGGCCCCAUCACCAGUUGCCUACAGCCUUGCCUCUCUUACCUCCUGCAACCAAGUAACGGGUGCCAAGGUAGCUGAGGACCACGGCAUUAAGCUUGGCCAGUGGAACGUCAGACUCGACGCCGUGCUUCCCACGGACGUACUUAUCAAGGGCAAGUGCGAGGGUAACCCCAACUGGGAGAGUGUGAAACUCUUCGUCAGAGUCCAGACCAACAUUCUAGAGUCUGUAAAGGGAGACAACUUGGAGGCUGAUGCGAGGUUUCGUCAUUUUGUCAGGGAGGUGGAGAGAAGGUGCCCAAUUACACAGCUCUUCAAGAGAAGUGGUGUGCAGUAUGAGAGUGAGUGGCUGAACGAAGCUCUUUAA